AUGUUCACAAGUGAGAAGAUUAAUGGCGCUAGAAUUGUGAAAGGAACUCAAACGCAAAUUGAAUACAAAUUGGAGCUUUUGACGUUGAUGUACGCCGGUAGACGACAAGGCACCACACCACGAUGGAAAACGAAAACAAACGUGUUGUCGAUAUCGACGUUUUCGGAUCAAAGUGAGAAUAGACAACACACAAAAUAA